CCCGCCCCGCCGCUGAUUUAGCUGGUGGCGUUGCCUUGGCCGCCGGCUUUGGGCUGCCUGCGGUCCGGGUUGGGGACGCAUCGCCGGAGUGGAGCGGGCAGAUGCCAGGCAUCUGAGCGCGAAUGCAAUUCUCAAGUCCAGGAUGAAUGAAUGCCACUAUGAUAAACGCAUGGACUUCUUUUAUAAUAGGAGUAAUGCUGAUACGGCAGACGAGUGGUCAGGGACAACUCUUGUAAUUGUUUUAUGCUUUGGCACUUUUUUUUGUUUCUUUAUUUUCCUUUCAAACUCUUUGGUCAUAGCUGCUGUGGUAAAAAACAAGAAGUUCCACUACCCCUUUUAUUAUUUGCUAGCCAACCUCGCUGCUGCAGAUUUUUUUGCAGGUAUCGCUUAUGUAUUUUUGAUGUUCAAUACUGGCCCAGUGUCAAGAACAUUAAGUGUAAAUAGAUGGUUUUUACGCCAGGGACUUUUGGAUACAAGUUUGACAGCCUCUCUGGCCAACUUACUGGUAAUCGCUGUUGAGCGGCACGUAUCUAUUGUGAAGAUGAGGGUUCACAGUAAUCUCACAAAGAAGAGAGUCACAUUUUUUAUUUUGUUGAUCUGGGCCAUAGCAAUUUUCAUGGGCGCGGUGCCCACAUUGGGCUGGAACUGCCUGUGCGACAUUUCCACCUGCUCUUCUCUAGCUCCUAUUUAUAGCAGGAGUUAUUUAAUAUUUUGGACAGUCUCCAAUCUGGGAGUUUUUUUCAUCAUGGUUGUUGUAUACAUAAGAAUCUACAUGUAUGUCCAGAGAAAAACAAAUGUUUUGUCUCCGCAUACUAGUGGAUCCAUCAGCCGCAGGAAAACUCCGAUGAAACUUAUGAAGACCGUCAUGGCAGUGUUAGGUGCGUUUAUUGUGUGCUGGACUCCUGGACUUGUAGUACUACUGCUUGAUGGUUUGAAUUGCACUCGUUGUGAGGUUCAGAAUGUGAAAAGGUGGUUCCUUCUCCUAGCUCUGCUGAACUCUAUCAUGAAUCCAAUAAUUUACUCUUACAAAGACGACGAGAUGUCAAAUACUAUGAGGCGCAUGAUUUGUUGCUCGUUUGAGGAGAGAAGCCAGGAGCGCCGGUCUUCGAGGAUCCCCUCUGCAGUGCUCGGCAGGAGCAUAGAUUCCUCUAGCCAGUACUUGGAAAAUGGCAUUAGUCAAGUGACUAUCAGUGGCAAAGAAAAUACAUGAAUUUUUCUCCUCCUCCAAAUGGGGACUGCGGCGGGGGUAGGCCACAAUCCAAAUGAUCUCUGAACCACCUGAGAUCACUGAACCCUGAAACCACAGAAGAAUAUGUUCUCUGUACCAAAACCCAGAUCCCAGGGUUACCUGACAUCUUUGUAAAUAAUUACUGGAUGGGAAAAAAUGUACUUGAAGGGAUGUGAAAGAAUAGAAGGAGUGGUUUCAACUCUGCAGUGUUCCUUUUAAGUCUGGAAACAGUACAAGCAGCAUUAUGGAGUCUCCUUCCUCAGAGGUCUAGGCAGUGGUGAGAUGUCACUGUGCCAGGGCUGCACCUUAACAGCCAAUUGUGACGAGGUGGCAGGGUCAGCUUCUCAGGAGACGGGGGGAGGUCCUCAUCCUCAAGUGAGGCUUUAUUUUUACAUCUUUUGAGGGCUGCCUUCCCCAGUUAUGUUUUUGGUGCCUGGCACAAAAGUACCUUAGUUGCCAAACAUUGGACUCUCUCUCAGUGCUCAGCACUUCCUUCUGACAAACAUCUGUCCAGAAUUGGGCAUUAAGCAAAUACUCCAAAGCAAUGAGUGCUUUUCUGCCACCACAACAAAGCAGCUGGUUAGUUCUGUGGUGUCAAGUAAGGCAUUUUAGUGGCCCAGCAAGUAGAAGACACUUUCUGGUGGCAAGAUGGAUUGCACCACCAUGGCAGACUUGGAGUUGUUUCCUUUUAAUAAAAAGCCACACAGGUAACCAGAAUAUUAGGGAAUAAUGUAAACAAGCUUCUCCACAAUGUUCCAGUUCUUUACAUGAAGGACUUUCUCUUUUGUGACUAUCAUUUCUGUAAUAGAGAGUAUUUGGUCAGUUUUGCUACCUCUCUUCUGUCUGAAGUGGUACACCCCAGACACCGAUUUCUUUCUUUGGGAAGGAGCUAGGCCAGAAUUAGUUUGGUUAUUCAGAGUGGCUUUUAAAUUGUUUGCUUUAGUAGCAGCCUACAGCUGCUCUGAACUCAGUGGGACUUGCUUCUGAGUAAAUAUAGUCAGCUGUUUAGUUUUAUAAGCGGAACAUUGUACAUGUUCUGCAAUUAAGCAUUUUAAUAAAGAUUUUUUAGGUUGUAAAUGUGAGCUGUAGAACCAGCAUUUGUCCUUUAUCUGCUAUUUAACUCCACCCCACCCCCAAUCUGUAUAAAGUAGUAGUUUCUACGCAUGGCAUUUUCUGCUCCAGAGGGGCAAUAUUUAGUAGUAUUCUAAAAAAUUUUAGAGCAUGCUAAGGUCCUCCCAAUAAGUUAUUCCUUGCAUAUGUAGCUCACAUGCCAUGUUAAUAGGUCUAAAAAUUAUUAGCAUCUGUUUUAAUUGGAGUGGACUUAUUUUGGUAUGUCAUUAAAAAUAUAAAGGAUUUUGCCUCACAAUCAUUUAUGUACAUGCAGCCCAGUAUAUUACUAACAGAACAUUAGACGUUUUGUUAGUAAACUGAAUUUCUUGAAUGCUUCUUGAUAAUUUCGUGAAUUAUCAGUAUAGUCAAGGUAGUAUGUCAUAACCAGAAGAAAAAGAGAAAAAGGCAACAAUAUUUAUCAGCUGUAUUCGAUAGCAGUAAUCUUUUUAGGUUAGUAUAAGAUCCUGGAAAGAUUUCUGCAAAAGCAUGAAUUUGUAUAUACUUUUAUUACAAUAUUUUAAUUUUAAAAAAUCUUAAUAUGUACAGAUUGCUUUUCAUAUGUUACUUUUUAAGUGGUUUAAUGCCUGUUGAAAGUAUGAAGAAAAGGAUUAUCUAGUGUUUAAAAUAAACGCUUUGUAUUUGG